CGACCUUCAAUAAUCUCCAAUCUAUUAAGCAAAAAUCCUCAACUACUUGAUGGCUCAUCAUGGUGUUUCGGGUUUAGUCGGGAAAGUUGUAACUGAAUUGGAGCUCAAUUGCGAUGCUGACGAAUAUUAUAAAGUCUAUAAACACCAUCAACUAGUACCAAAUGAGGCAGUUUCUCAUCUUUUCACUGGUGUUAAAGCUCUUGAAGGAGGAGACGGCCUCAGUCCCGUUCAUAUCAAGGAAUGGAGCUAUAUUCUUGAGGGAAAGACAAUGACCGCCGUGGAGGAAUCAACAUAUGACGAUGAAACAAGGACCAUAUCGCACCGCAUCGUUGAAGGAGAUGUGAUGAAGGAUUACAAGAAGUUUGAUGAGAUCGUUGUAGCUAAACCAAAGCCUGAUGGACAUGGAAGCAUUGUAUCCAUAUCUAUAAUGUAUGAGAAAAUAAACGAGGAUUCUCCAACUCCAUUUGACAUCCUGAAAACUUUCCAUCAGAACAUUCUAGACCUAAGUGCUCACAUCUGUGCUUCCGAGUAAAAUAUCUGUCGAGUGUUGGGUGUCCAUAUGCACGAAGUCAGUACUUGGUGUUUAUUUAUGUGUGCAUUAUUCAUGGACUAUGCAUGGCUUUGUAACCGUAAUUUAUCGCUUCUUUCAUCGUCUUUUUUUCUUUCUUUUUGGAUACUUCUUUCUUAAAGAAGUUUUGGUUCUAUGUCCGUCCCUUGCUAUUUUAAUUUUUUGUUCUUUCAUCAAUAAAUAUUUUUGCUUAAGAAAAAAAACACUCAUGAGCUACGUCUA